ACUUUUUCUUAAUCAUUGAAAUCUAUUCUUGUGUAAAAAUUAUUGUUACUUUUACUUUAAAAUCAAAUUUAAUAUUUAUUGAUCAAAUGGCUACUACAAAUUUCAACAAAAUCGUUCGCGGUGGUAAUUUAAAUUUUAAGCCUUGGAUUGCAGCAAAAAAUACAACCGAAAUUGUAAAUGGCUAUGUACAAAAAUUUUAUAAGCAAACUCCGGAUAACUUCAAAAAUGAUUUGAAAAAACCUAGACCAAUGGCUGCUUCAAAGAUUCAAAAUGAAUUCCCAUUACGAAAGUUUGUUCCAGAAAAGUUUACUAUACCCAUUAUAUCAAAUAAGCCGACUUCAAAACUGCGAUCGAAUGGCUAUCGUUCUCCACCAAUGACAGUAAAGAAUAGUUUUAUUGCACCACCGAAAAAGCUCCUCAAGACACCUAAUUUCAAAAUCUAUGCAAGACGCAGAUAUGCUUCUAGUAUUUCCAGUUCAAAAUCUAGCUUUAUUCGGAAUAAAGUAAACAGCAAUGACGAAUACCGAAAAAAGAUAUAUUCACCUGCUCAGGAAUUUCAUUAUCCAACACCUCGAGGAACUAAAGAUCUUUUAAACACAAAAUACACUGAAACUUCUAAAAAACUUUUUAAUGAAACGUAUAAUCGAACCAAAACAUCUGAAGUAUCGAAAGCAAUUUGCAAGAAUUUGAUGUCGAUUGAUGAGCUGCUAAAGAAAAAGCUUUGUAUUGUUAAACAAAAGCCUGCCAUUGUUGAACCCCUUGAGAUACCUAAAGAAAAUGUGCUAAAGUUGUCUUUCAAAGAUUGCAAUCAUCCAUCCAUAGAACAUUUUAAAAAGCUAACAGCUAUACCUUAUAUUAAAAAACCCGAAAAAUGGAGCAAUCGAAGUUCUAAUUUAGUACUUUCAUCUUUUGAGCUAAUGCCUGUAAAACGAAAUCAAUUCACAGGAAAAGUCACUAAAUUGCGACCAACGCCAAGGAAAACACAAACAAAACUUCAAUCAUUACAAGGUUCUAGCCAUUUUAAUCGAUUCAUCUCAAAAGAAGCAACCAACAAAGAAAAUAACUUAGAUCAAUCGCCAAGUAUCAUCAAUCAUCAAAAUAUAGUUGCCUCACCAAGGCCUUUUGGUGAAGUGUAUUUUAGACCAAAUACAACUACGAUUUCGAAAGAAAUUUGUAAUGAUCUGAUGGCCAUUGACGAUGUGCUCAAGAAAAAGAUUUGUGUUGUUAAAAAACCUCCCAUCGUUGAGCCACCUGAGACUCCGAAAAAAAAUGUUGUCAAGUUAUCUUUUAAUGGCUGGAAUCAUAAAUCCAUUGAACACUACAACAAACAAAUAGCUACACCUGUUGUUAAGAAGCCAGAAUUUGGUAAAGAGGGAACUCCAAAUUCAGGGCUUUCAUCUUUUCGAUUAAUGUCUUUAAAACAAAAACCAUUCACGGGAAAAGUCUCUAAAUCAAGUGUAACUCCAAGAAAAGCAAGACUCCAGAAAUUAGAUUCUUUUCAUUUUAAAGGAUCAAAAGUAAAAUUUGGUUCCGCUUUAAAAAAUGAAAGUAACAUACAUAAACCGUUUAGUUUUGGCUCUCAUGGCAUAGGCAAGUCUAAAUUCAAAAGUUUACAGUUGGCUCCAAGUUUGGAGUUUGGUAAAUCAGAGCAAAAGUUUUACGACCCACAAGGAGCAAUGGAAUUCCUAUGUUUGUCUCAAGCUCAACGGGGUUUACGCAGCGGAAAUCAGGGUAGCCUUCUAGGGAAUCUAAGAUUUUGAAUUUAAAAUUUUGUUAAAAAUAAAUGUAAACGUAAUAAAACCGAGACAUAAUAACUGCGUA